AUGGGUGAUGAAGAAAGUUCCCAAGAACUAUUAAACUGUGCAGACAAUGGGGGACUUCAUGACGUUCUCACAGGAACAAAAAACAAUAAUGGAGGAACGUCGAUCAAGAAAAGAAAAUAUAAAUAUACAAAGUCAGAAUUGAAAAAAAGAAGACAAAAACGAGCAGCAAAAGGACCAUGGGGUUCUUGGUCAGAGAGUGACGAGGAUAGUGCUGAUGGGAUUGAGAAAGAAAGUGGACAGCAUGACAUGAACACGGAAAUCAUGAUAGAAAGUGAUGAUGAUUCAGACAUACCAUAUGAGCCAUUCAAGGAAAGCAGUCAAUUUUAUGGAGAUGCCGAAAAAGAUUAUCAAGGAAGAGGUAUUAUUCAUCCACCCAUUGACGUUGGAACUAGUCUGAACAAGCCGCCCUUAUCAUUCAAAUGCUUCCUACCGAAAAAGAUAAAAUAUGCUAUGGAUGGGCAUACAAAUGGUACUACAAGUUUGACAUUUCUGCCAAAUUCUGGAAAUUUGCUUCUUUCCGGUGGGAAUGACAAUAUUGUUAAAGUAUGGGAUUUUUAUCAUAAGAGAAAUUUAUUAAGAGAUUAUAAGGGUCACUCAAAGGCCAUCAAUUCAUUAGAUUUCAACGAUGAUGGUACCAAUUUUAUUAGUUCAUCGUUUGAUCACACGAUAAAGAUAUGGGAUACAGAACAAGGUAAGGUAAAAACUAAAUUACAUUUCAAAAGUACUCCCAAUGAUGUUAAAUUUCGCCCAUUCAAUUCGUCAGAGUUUAUUGUGGGAUUUGCAAAUUCCAAAAUAUAUCACUAUGACACUCGAAUAUCUGAAAAUGAUGGAAGAGUUCAGGUAUAUGAUCAUCAUAUGAGUAGCAUUCUAGCUCUUAAGUUUUUCCCAGAUGGGUCCAAAUUUAUCUCAUCUUCUGAAGAUAAAACUGUGAGGAUUUGGGAUAAUCAAGUCAAUGUUCCCAUAAAACAAAUCAGUGAUACUACUCAAUAUUCUAUGCCCUCAAUCGAUAUUCAUCCUGAUAAGAAGAAUUUCUGCGCACAAAGUAUGGAUAACACGAUAUAUACCUAUAGUAUGAAACCUAAAUAUAGAAGAAAUCCGAAUAAGAUGUUUAAGGGACAAACGUCUGCUGGUUACGGUAUUGGACUGACAUUUUCUGCAGAUGGUCGUUAUGUUUGCUCUGGUGACUCUAAGAGCAAAGUGCAUAUAUGGGAUUGGACAACCACUAGAUUGUUGAACACAAUAUCUAUCCCUGGUAAUAAGCCAAUAACACAGGUGGCGUGGAAUCCACAGGAGACUAGUAAAGUUGCGUGUAGUGGUAACACAGGGAAAAUUUACAUCCUGGAUUAG